AUUUUAAAGGAUGAUUCUAUUGUUGCUAUUUGCUUGAGGACUGGUGUUUUGGAAAAUCGCUUAAACAAAGAAUGGAGGCUAAAGUGGAGCAUGCUGUGCAGAAAAGGCAAGUGCUAUUUCUUUGUGUAUUUCUGGGAGUGUCUUGGGUUGCUGCGGAACCGCUUCGCUAUUUCAUAGCAGAGGAAACAGAGAAAGGCACCUUUGUGGCUAACCUAGCAAAAGACUUGAGGUUGGAGACUGGGGAACUGUCAGCUCGGGGAGCUAGAAUCUUUUCAGAUCAGAACAUACUGUUUUUAGUACUGAAUCCGCAAACUAGUGAUUUGGUUCUAAGUGAGAAAUUAGACAGAGAGGAUCUGUGUGGUCCCAAAGAGCCUUGUGUGCUGUCUUUCCAGGUGCUACUAGAAAAACCUUUUCAGAUUUUCCCUGCUGAACUAUGGGUCAGAGAUAUCAAUGAUCAUUCGCCAGUUUUUCUAGAAAGAGAAAUUUCCCUGGAAAUAUUAGAAAGUACCACCCCAGGAUCGUCUUUUCUUCUAGAAAGUGCACAGGAUUCAGAUGUUGGAAGCAAUAACCUGAGAAACUAUACAAUCAGCUCCAAUGCCUAUUUCCAUAUAAAUGUUCAUGAUAGUGGGGAUGGAACUAUCUAUCCUGAACUGGUCCUGGAUCGAGUCCUGGACCGGGAAGAAGUGUCAGAGCUCAGUUUAAUCCUCACAGCAAUAGAUGGCGGUUCUCCACCCAGAUUUGGAUCCACCCAGGUAUACAUACAGGUUGUGGAUGUGAAUGACAACGCGCCUGAAUUUGAACACUCACUUUAUAAAGUACAGGUGCCUGAGAAUAGCCCUAUUGGAUCUCUAGUACUCAUUGUAUCAGCUAGAGAUUUAGAUAUUGGAAGUUAUGGAGAAAUAAUCUAUGCAUUUUUCUAUGCCACUGAAAGAAUUCUCAAAACAUUUCAACUCAAUCCAAUAUCUGGCAGCCUUUCUCUUAGAGAUAAAUUGGACUAUGAGGCCGUGCAAACUUACAAUUUAACUAUCCAGGCCAAGGAUGGUGGAGGACUUUCUGGGAAAUGUCUUGUAGUGAUUGAUGUGACAGACAUAAAUGAUAACCCUCCUGAACUACUCAUGUCCUCACUGAGUAGUCCAAUUGCAGAAAAUUCUCCAGAAACCAUUGUAGCUGUCUUUAGGAUUAGAGACAGAGAUUCAGGCAACAACGCUAAGAUGGCUUGCUCCAUCCAGGACGACCUGCCCUUCGUUCUGAAGCAAUCUGUAGAGAAUUACUUCACACUGGAAACCGAGAGACCACUGGACAGAGAAGAAAGAUCAGAGUACAAUAUCACCAUCACGGUGACAGACCUGGGCACCCCCAGGCUGGCAACGCAGCACACCAUCAGGGUGCAGGUGUCCGACGUGAACGACAACGCCCCCGCCUUCAGCCAGCCCUCCUACACCCUGCUGGUGGGCGAGAACAACAGCCCCGCGCUGCACAUCGGCAGCGUGAGCGCCACGGACGCGGACGCGGGCAGCAACGCGCAGCUGACCUACUCGCUGCUGCCGGGCCCCGAGCCUUGGCCCCCGCAGCUGCCGCUCGCCUCGCUGGUGUCCAUCAACGCGGACAACGGGCAGCUGUUCGCGCUGCGCUCGCUGGACUUCGAGGCGGUGCGCGCCUUCGAGUUCUUUGUGCGCGCGCAGGACCGCGGCUCGCCCGCGCUGAGCGGCCAGGCGCGGGUGCGCGUGCAGGUGCUGGACCGCAACGACAACGCGCCCUUCGUGCUGUACCCGCUGCAGAACGCGUCGGCGGCGUGCAGCGAGCUGGUGCCCAGGGCGGCCGAGGCGGGCUACCUGGUGAGCAAGGUGGUGGCGGUGGACGGCGACGCGGGCCAGAACGCCUGGCUGUCCUUCCAGCUGCUCAAGGCCACGGAGCCCGGGCUCUUCAGCGUGUGGGCGCACAAUGGCGAGGUGCGCACGGCGCGGCCGCUCAGCGAGCGCGACGCGCCCAAGCACAGGCUGCUGGUGCUGGUCAGGGACAAUGGCGAGCCGCCGCUGUCGGCCAGCGUCACGCUGCACGUGCUGCUGGUGGACGGCUUCUCGCAGCCCUUCCUGCCGCUGCCCGACGCGGCGGCCGGCGCGGCGCCCGACGACCGCCUCACCGUCUACCUGGUGGUGGCCUUGGCGUGCGUGUCGUCGCUCUUCCUCUUCUCGGUGCUGGCCUUCGUGGCCGUGCGCCUGUGCCGGCGGGCCGGGCCGGCGGCGGGGGGCGGCUACCCCUACCCGGGUCUGCCCGACGGGCCCUUUCCGGGACAGCUGCUGGACGCCAGCGGCGCGGGGACCCUGUCCCACAGCUACCGGUAUGAGGUGUGCCUGGCGGGGGGCGCUGGCACCAAUGACUUCAAGUUCCUCAAGCCCAUUCUUCCUAAUAUUUAUCCCCAGAGCAGAGGAAUGGAAGUGGAAGAAUAUCCUUCAGUUGGUAAUGAUAUAGGUUUUUCUUAAAGAAUGAAAAAUAAAUAUUUGUGUUUGUGUGUAUAUAUUCCUGUAUAAAAAAUCUUCCCAGAACGGCAAGUAUAUGGCUCACAGGACAUUGUAUGGUCCCUGUAAAUUUACUGAGUGUGAUCCCCAAAAUGAUUGACAAUAAGUUGAUUCUGAACUACUUAUAUAAAAGAGGCAUUCACAUCAUUUCAAUUAUGUUUUUUAAAGCAAUAUAGCUUUAUUUUCUAUUUGACACAUAAAAUAUCUGCUUUUAGUCCCAAAAGCUUCUUUAAAGGCUGGAAUGCAUGUCAUUUUAGUCUGAAGCAAUUGUACACACUGAGCAAUUACAUGUAAAAUCUCAAAUUGUGAUAUUUUAACUGAAUUUUAUUGUUUUCAAACUCUUUGCUACUUUUGUGUUGAAUCUGGGUGCUGUAUAGCUAUGAAAUUUUAGAAAUAGGAAUUGUAAUAUCUUUUAAAGCUUUAAAAAUACUUGUUAUUUAUCAACACUAUUUUAUCAAUGUUAGCA